UGCCCACUGCCGGCGGGCGGGCGGCUCCAAUGGCGGCUCCCGCGCGCCGCUGCUCGGGGUGAGAGCUCUCCCUCCCUGAGCGCCGGCUGAGGCCCGGGAGAGCCCGCGCCGCCAUGCGAUUUCGGGCUAAAAUCGUGGAUCUCGCCUGCCUCAACCACUUCAGCCGUAUAAUUAACACAAUCGCCAAGUUAGCCAAGACCUGCAUCCUGCGCCUUACUGUCUGCAAGCUGUAUUUCAUCCUCUCCGAUAAAGUAGCAAAUGGAGGCGCCAGUAUGUGGUGUGAGCUGAGCCAGGGGAAUUUCUUCGAUGAGUUUCAGAUGGAAGGAGUAGCUGCAGAGCACAAUGAAAUCUAUUUAGAGUUGGUGCCUGAGAACCUGUCGAGAGCAUUAAAAACUGCCCAAAGUGCUAAGGCAGUGAAGAUCAAGUUGACUAAUAAACACUGUCCCUGUCUCAGAGUUGCUGUGGAGCUACCAUCCUUAUCAAGCAGCAGUAGGAUUGUGACACAUGACAUUCCUGUGGGAGUUAUUCCCAGAAGAAUGUGGAAUGACUUCAGAGAGCCCAGUGUGCCAGACUUUGAUGUCAGUAUUUACCUACCAGUCCUGAAAACAAUGAAGAGUGUUGUGGAAAGAAUGAAGAAUCUCAGCAAUUUCAUUGUGAUUGAAGCAAACUUGAGUGGUGAAAUGAACUUGAAAAUAGAAACCGACUUAGUAUCUGUAACAACACAUUUUAAAGACUUGGGAAAUCCUCCCUGGGCAUCAGAGGAUGGAUGUCAAAGUUCUGCUCAAGGCAGAGAUCUGGAAAGUAUGGCUGAAGCACGCAUAGACAUCAAGAAGCUGCAGCAGCUGCUUGCUGGACAGCAGGUCAAUCCUACAAAAGCAUUGUGCAAUAUUGUACAUAAAAGAAUUGUCCACUUCAUAUUACUCCAUGAGGAGGUUUCACUUCAGUAUUUUAUUCCAGCAAUUGCCUGAGUCUUUUGGAAUCUUGGUGAUUUUCCAACCUGAGGCCUCUUUCAUGAAGUCUGAAAUCUUUCUGGAGUUGCUGGAGUAUUUUGAUGCGAGACACUGUUAGAUGCAGCCAUCAGAUGGACAUUAUUUCAAUAUUUAUGAAAGUAUUCAGAAUACCUCCUCAUCCAGACAGCAAUUUCUGUGAAGAGUUACAUGUUAUGAAAGACACAAUGCUGGGGAGCUUUGGUAUAUCUUACUCUGAGGAGGAGAAAAACUGAAAUUUUCCUUACCCACAGUGCAAAGCAUCCCAAAAGCACACUCAAUUAAAUACUUCAAUCUCCUCAAAAAACUAAAGGUAGAAUUUGCCUCUGGAGCUGCUGCUGUGUGUAUUCAGUAUUGAGCAAUGCAAUCCAAGUUAAGGGAUCUCUGAGCAAGCUCUCAUACCUCCAUGAAACAGGAAAGCCUUCUGGAGAGUUGCGAGAUUGGUGUUUGCCUGGACAAGUAUGCACAGCCCUCCUAAAGGGGUAUGGAAUUGAAUUCUAUUCCAGUAGAAAUCUUUGGAUUAAACUUGGUACAAUGUAUCUCAGUAGCUCUCGUUGUACUUAUUCUUUGUUUAACUCUUGGCCUGAGAGGACAAGCACAACAGUCUGGAUUACUUUGUUCAUGUGGGCAGUGAAAAUCGUAUGUACAGAAUGAGUAUCAUAUGAAGACAUGUGUGAGCACAGCAAUUGGUGUGAAAUAAAGAACAGGUUUUCUGUGGAUCAUAUUUUUGCCCUUUCCAGAUCGAAAACAUUGUACAAUUUGUGUCGUCAUUGUGUCAGACAUGGUGAGAUUGCAUCUAGGCUCUCAUGCCAAGCAGCCAAGAGCAUGACUAAAUUUCACUCAUGGGAGUACUGCCCCUGCUUCUACCCCCUGGUUAUUUUUGAGGUCUUUUCCUCCUUAUUCCAUGUGUGAUUUGUUAUCCUGACAUGUUUCAUAUAGCCUUUGAUUAUUUUAGUGAUUGAGCCUAUGCUGCCAAAUGAGACUUGGAGUUUCUUCUAGAAAGUAACUUGUCAUGGUCAGAAGUGCUGGGUUUUUGAUUAUUGGGUUUUUUUCCAAGGGGCACUGAUGUUAAGGGAGCAAUGAAUCUUUUGUUCAUGGAGAUGCAGAUUCUCAAAAGAAGGCUGAAGGAGAGGCAGUGAGAAGAUAGAAUAGACUUGAAGUGAUGAGUGUGUCCACUGACUGUGUUGAUAGGACUAUCUGCCUACUCCCUCUUUGUUCUUCCCUGCUCUCCCUUGCCCUGCACAUUGCCCCAUCAGUUGUCAUAUCUUCACCCACUGCCUGCAACAUGCUGAGGUUUGCAUCUUUACCACUUGCAAAGUCCCGUUUUGCCUAUGUUGGGAGUGCAGCUUGAUAAGCAGCCACUCAUUCACACCUGGUGGGAUGGGGGAAAGAAUUGGGAGCGUAAAAGUGAAAAAAAUCAUGGGUUGAGAUAAGAACAGCUUAAUAGGCAUAACAAAAUACAGUAUUCAUUCACUACUUCCCAUAAGCACAGGUGUUAAACCAUUUCCAGGAAAGCUGGGCUCUGCUAUGCAUAACACUUACUUGGGAACACAGACUGCUUAAAUCCAGAUGCCCUUUUCCUCCUUCUUUUCCCUGAGAUGAACACAGUUCUGUAUGAUACAGAUAUCCCUCUGGUUAAUUGGGGUCAGCUGUCCCAGCUGUGUCCCUACCAAGUUCUUGUGCACUCCCAGCAUAUUUGCUAGUGGGGCAGUGUGAGAGUAUUGCCUUGAUGCUGUGUAAGUGCUGCUCAGCAGUGACA